GGUAGAUGUCAUUGUGCAGACCGGUUCUGCUGGCAACUAAGGUGUCGCUCUUCCUUGCCUCGUUCCUGUUGUGCUGAUCACAGACGUUGCAGGCUGUUUUCCAUCAGACUAAACCAUGCUCCGCAUAGUCAGACAGCUAUUUGGCGGUUCUCUUCUCAGAUACCAAAAAUUCACCUCUAAAAUCGUCCAACCGGCCGGCACGUUAACAAAAACACGAAGACGACUGAUGACUACUUUCGUCGCCUCCGCUGGUCUAGCUUACGUCAUAAAGACAUCAGUUGGCGAUAACAGAAAAGAUGACGGUGAAACAGAAGGCAAGGAACCUUUACGUGAGUGGACAGUUGAUGUUCAAUCCGAUGACCCAGGGAAAGAGAACUUGGCUUCAGUCUCAGAGGCACUAAAAGGAGAUAAAACUCUUCAUCUGAAGAUUAAAGAGUUUCUAAUACAGGAGAAAGACACACAGAAGGCAAAGGUGGUAAACGAUCUGGUGCACGGUCACAUUGAGCUUCAUCCUCUUUGUGUCGCCAUCAUAGACACCCCAGAAUUCCAGAGACUGAGGUACUUGAAACAGAUGGGGACUUGUGACUUCGUCUACCCUGGUGCAGUCCACACCCGCUUUGAGCACUCACUUGGGGUGUGCCACCUGGCUGGGCAACUUUUAAAAAGAUUACAACGGAAGCAGCCAGAAUUGAAGAUCACCGAAAAAGACAUACUAUGUGUUCAGAUUGCGGGCCUUUGUCAUGAUAUGGGUCAUGGGCCUUUCUCGCACAUCUUUGACACUCUUUUCAUUUCCUCUAUCGACAGCAACAGCAAAUGGAAACACGAACAAGCAUCAGUUCACAUGUUCGAGCACAUGUGCAAGAAUGAAAAACUGAGAGAGAUGUUUAAGGCCUGUGGCCUUGACGACAAAGACCUCGAUUUCAUUAAGGAACAGAUUGAAGGUCGACGUGCUGUAACGGUCACUGACUGGCCAUAUAAGGGAAGACCAAAAGAAAAGGCUUUUCUGUAUGACAUCGUAGCUAACAAAAGGAACGGAAUUGACGUGGACAAGUGGGACUACAUCAGUCGGGAUAGCCUCCAUCUCGGGAUGAAGAGCAACUUCGACCAUCUCCGCUUCAUUCUCUUCGCGCGUGUGAUUUCUGUGAACAACGAGCCUCAGAUAUGCCUUCGAGACAAAGAAGCAUACGGAAUUCAUCAGAUGUACGAGACUCGUUACAUUCUCCACAAAAAGGCUUGUCAGCACAGAGUCACCAGCGCCACCAGCCUCAUGAUCGCCGAUGCACUGAAAGAGGUGAAUGAAGUGAUAAAGAUACCUAAAGAAGAUGGGACGAAGAUCGAGAUGUCAAAAUGCAUCGCUGCAGACAAUAUGGACGCAUACACGAAUCUGACAGAGGAUAUUCUCCAUCAGAUUGUCCUCAAGUCUGAUCGCGGUGAUCCUCGUCUUGGGAAAGCUAAAAAGAUAAUACAAGAUUUAUGGAGUCGAAAUUUAUACAAGUUUGUCGACGAAAGUUCGCCUAUUAAAGGCCGGCAUUACAAAGAUGCACAGAAGAAGAACAUUGCAGCUGAGAUAAAGGACUGUAUCAACGGAGAUGGAAAAGCAAACCCAAAAGACGUGGAAGACCUUCUUAACAAAUUUAACGAACACGUGGCAGUUGAGAUCUUGAACUUCGAUUAUGGAAUGAAGGGACAGAACCCAUGGGAACACAUCCAUUUUUAUACCAAGGGAAAUCUGGACGUCGCCACACCUAUUUCAAUAGAAAAGGUUUCAUUUCGUUUACCAAAACAUUUUGAAGAACAAAUCAUUCGGGUAUUCUUCAAGCCGACUGAUGCUCCCAAAAAAGACGAAAUGUACUGUAGACUUCUUCGUGAAGCCUUCCAAGCUUGGAGCAAGGGAAAGAAGCGAGAGUGUUUGGAUUCGGAGAGAUAUAAAGUAGCCGGGUCAAGCGCAGAUUUAAGUCCGGACUUAUUCCUAACCAGUGCCUCGGCGGAGAAGAGAAAGGAAACACCGGAAGACAACAGUGGAAGGAAUAUCACAUCAUCGCAAAGCAUUUUAGAGAUUACGACCCAAGCUCCGCCCUCUACCACUACAUCGACUGACCUUGAGAGGUCGAGCACCGAAAGAACUGAUAGAAAAAUUGAAGAUGCAGAUUCAGGUUCAACCCGUGUUCCAUCUAACAUGAUGCCUUCAGGUUUAUUGAGGAACAAGUCGAAGGCAGACUGUACAAAAAACUCAUGUGAGAUAUCCCAGAAAAUCAACAGAAUGACCUUUACUAUUGAACUUCCAGGGAAAAAAUGCAAGCCAAAAGAGCAAAUGGAAACUUUAAACCUGGUGCAAAGAGCAAUGAUAUUACCUUCAUUCAUGUUAAUAUUUGAAUUUCUAGUGAAGUUUCUAGUCUAUAUAAGGAGACUUAAAACCGCUUACUAUUAUUAUAGAUAAAAUGCCAACUCAAACAUGAAGAUAAAAACUAGAAAAGACCUGAAACAGUUGAACAUUAUGGCUGACAUGCCAUAAAGUUAGUUUAAUUCUGUACAAAUGAUUAAGAUUUUGUUGAAAUAUACAGAAUUAAAAAUCACUGACAUGAUACCAAUCCAAGCACUAAGAUAAAAGCAAGCAAAGAACUGAAACCACAUGUACAUUAUAGACUGACAUUAAAAGCAUCCAGACAUCUUUUUCCAGAAAUGUGAUGAUGAGCUAAGACUUCAUUAGCUCUUGUCCCCAAUGAACCUAAGUCCUCUCGACACUAUACGGUACUGUUUAAAGGAGUUGUUAACACUCGUGUUAAUUUAUAACAUGUUUCUUACCAUUUACAGACUUUCUUAAUUAAGAACUAGGUUGCUAUUUUAUCUAUACAGAUCUGUAGAUGUGUAAUUUAAUAAUAUUAUAAAUGUUUAUUUUUACCUUUACUAAAAUGCUUACACGAUUUCUUUUUUUUGCACAUCAAGAACGUCGUCAACUUUCUCCAAAAAUUUCUUCACCCUCCAAAUUAUUUUUUUCCUCUCAAAACUGAAGCUCAAAAUCGUUCUUUUGUUUGAUGAUGUCACAAAACUUUCUGCACAGAGAAGAAGCCUUAUAGACAAAUACGACUGUUUUAAUGUUGUAGAAUGAAAGUAAUUGAAUAUUUAUAUUGAAAUAGUACACAAUCUGAGUACCGUGACCUCCAUGUUCUAUAAAUACCAAGGUGAGAGAUACAAACUUUGCAGAAAUGCUCAAGUCCUAAACUGGACGGAUCUUGCCACCAUAAGCAUGGUGGAAUGUGAAGUGGUUGAUGUAGACACUCUCUGUAUAUAUAUAUAUCUUCUUGUGCUAAUAUUGUGAAAUAUCUGGUGUCUAGUUUACUUUUCAAAAUCUAUGCGUUUAUAGGAUAUGCUGCUUUCUUCUGAACUCAAAUUUUAAUUCUUUGAUGUGAAUAGCACUUGACCCCUUGAAGGGGGAGUAAUAGACAAGAAAGUAAAAUCUAUAGUUUUAAAAGUAACAGUUGUGUUAA